UAGGCAACCUGGAUGCCCUUCUCUGCCUUCUGCAGCUCCUCUCUCAUCCCUUACAGGGUGACAAGAACCACGGCUUUGAGGUCCUCUACCAUUGUGUGAAGCAGGGCCCUGUGGCCACCAAGGAGCUGGCUGACUUCAUUAGGGAGAGGGCCAGCAUCGAAGAGACAUACUCGAAGGCCAUGGCCAAGCUGUCCAAGCUGGCCAGCAAUGGGACCCCCAUGGGGACCUUCGCCCCGCUCUGGGAGGUCUUCCGCGUGUCCUCCGACAAGCUGGCGCUGUGCCACCUGGAGCUGACCAGGAAGCUUCACGACCUCCUCAAGGACGUGCUGCGCUACGGGGAGGAGCAGCUCAAGGCCCACAAAAAGUGCAAGGAGGAAGUUCUGGGCACUGUGGAUGCGGUGCAGGUGCUGGCCAGCGUGGGUCAGCUCCUGCCAAAGUCUCGGGAGAAUUACCUGAGCCGCUGCAUGGACCUGGAGCGGAUGCGCAGAGAGAACACCAGCCAGAAGGAGAUGGACAAGGCAGAAUCCAAAAGCAAGAAGGCAGCCGACAGCCUGAGGCGCUCUGUGGAUAAGUACAACUCCGCCCGGGCGGACUUCGAGACCAAGAUGCUAGAGUCUGCCCUGCGCUUCCAGGCCAUGGAGGAGGCGCACCUGCAGCACAUGAAGGCCUUGCUGGGCUCCUAUGCGCACUCGGUGGAGGACACCCACGUGCAGAUCGGGCAGGUGCACGAGGAGUUUAAGCAGAACGUGGAGAAUGUGACGGUGGACAUGCUCCUGCGGAAGUUUGCCGAGAGCAAGGGCACCGGCCGCGAGAAGCCCGGGCCUCUGGACUUCGAUGCCUACAGCACAGCUGCCCUGCAGGAAGGCAAGUACAGGUUAGCUGCCCUCCCUCUGUCCACAGCAAUGAAGCGUCUCCGAGGAGCCAAGGCCUUCCGCCUCCCGGGACUGAGCCGGCGGGAGCCCCGUGCAUCUGUUGACUUCCUGGAGUCUGAUUCAGGGGUGCCUGCAGAGGUGGAUGACGAAGGCUUCACUGUGCGCCCCGAUGUGUCUCAAAGCAGCACGGCCGAGCCCCCGCGACUCUCCUCUAGUGACUCUGACUUCGACGACGAGGAGCCUAGGAAGUUCUACGUUCACAUCAAGCCCGCCCCCACCCGCACCGUGGCCUGCAGCUCUGAGGCCGCAGCUGCCCAGCUCAGGGCCACAGCUGGCAGCCUCAUCCUCCCGCCAGGCCCAGGGGGCACCAUGAAACGUCACUCGUCACGGGACACUUCUGGGAAGCCACAGAGACCUCGGUCGGCCCCACGGACCGGCAGCUGUGCCGAGAAGCCGCUGGCAUCGGAGGAGCCGCUGUCUAAGAGCCUCUUCGGGCCGCCGCUGGAGUCCGCCUUCGACCAUGAGGACUUCACGGGCUCCAGCAGCCUGGGCUUCACAUCCAGCCCGUCCCCGUUCUCUUCCUCGUCCCCCGAGAACGUGGAGGACUCGGGCCUGGACUCCCCAUCGCACGCUGCCCCCGGCCCGUCCCCUGAGUCCUGGGUCCCCCGGCCAGGCACCCCGCAGAGCCCACCCACCUGCAGGACGCAGCACCCUGAGGCCAGGGGCCCAAUGCCCCGUGCACCCUCGCCAGGCCCCUGGGGGCCAGAGGCAGGCGCAGGUGACCUUGUUCUCACUCUAGACGCCACCACCCGGGAGGGUCUGGCUGCGCCACCCAGGAGACCUCGGUCCAGGAAAGUGUCCUGCCCACUCACCAGGAGCAACGGUGACCUGUGCCGGUCCCUCAGCCCCUCCCCGCUGGGAUCUUCUGCCCCGAGCAUCGCCCCGGAUCGGCCCAACUUCUCCACCCAGAUGGGACAUGGUAUCUCACGUGGCCCCAGCCCUGUGGUCCUGGGAUCCCAGGACACCCUGCCUGUGGCCACGGCCUUCACUGAGUAUGUCCACGCCUAUUUCCGUGGUCACAGCCCCAGCUGCCUGGCUCGAAUCACCGGGGAGCUGACCAUGACCUUCCCCGCCGGCAUUGUGCGCGUGUUCAGUGGGACCCCACCCCCACCCGUCCUCAGCUUCCGGCUCGUGCACACGGCCCCCGUAGAACACUUUCAGCCCAACGCGGACUUGAUCUUCAGUGACCCCUCCCAGAGUGACCCGGAGACCAAAGACUUCUGGCUGAACAUGGCGGCGCUGACGGAGGCCCUGCAGCACCAGGCGGAGCAGAACCCCACGGCCUCCUACUACAACCUGGUGUUGCUGCGCUACCAGUUCUCCCGCCCUGGGCCCGAGUCAGUGCCCCUGCAGAUGAGCGCCCACUGGCAGUGCGGGCCCACGCUCACGCGGGUCACGGUGGAGUACAGCUACCGAGCGGGCGCCACCGCCGUGUCCACGCCGCUCACUAACGUCCAAAUCCUGCUGCCCGUGGGAGAGCCGGUGGCCAGCGUGCGUCUGCAGCCUGCCGCCAGCUGGAGCACGGAGGAAAAGAGGUUCACGUGGAAGCUUCCAGAUGUGUGUGAGGCAGGGGGCUCGGGACGUCUGUCGGCCAGCUGGCAGCCGCAGUCGGGGCCCAGCACCCCCAGCCCCGUGGCCGCGCAGUUCACCAGCGAGGGCGCCACGCUGUCCGGCCUGGACCUGGAGCUGCUGGGCGGCGGCUACCGCAUGUCCCUGGUCAAACGGAGAUUCGCCACAGGUAGCUGCGGGGCCGGGGCUGGGCUCGCGGGCCGGCACGGGAGAAGCCCGCGCGAGGCCCCUGCUCUCUCCCCGCAGGGAUGUACCUCGCCAGCUGCUGAGGAGACGUCGGUGCUCCCGGACUCUGCCCUCCCACCCGCCACAGCUCCCUGA